AUGGCGACAGAAGACUCCAACCAGACUGUGGUAAGCCACUUCUUCCUGGAGGGUCUGAUGUACACAGCUGAACACCCCAGCUUCUUCUUCCUCCUUUUCCUCCUCAUCUACACCAUCACCUUGACUGGGAAUCUUCUCAUUCUCAUAACUGUGGCCUCUGACCCUCAUCUCUCCUCCCCUAUGUACCACUUCCUGGGACACCUCUCCUUCUUGGACGCAAGUUUGUCUACAGUGACAGUGCCCAAGGUCAUGGCUGGCCUCCUGUCGCUGGAUGGAAAGGUGAUCUCCCUCCAGAGCUGUGCGGUGCAGCUUUACUGCUUCCACUUCCUAGCCAGUACUGAGUGUUUCCUGUACACAGUCAUGGCCUAUGACCGCUACCUAGCUAUCUGCCAACCCCUGCACUACCCAGUUGCCAUGGACAGGCGGACGUGUACAGGGCUGGCUGGAGUCACUUGGGCCCUCGGUGCUGUGCACUCUGCCAUCCAUACCUCCCUCACCUUCCGGUUGCUCUACUGUGGCCCUAAUCAUGUUGCUUACUUCUUCUGUGACAUCCCGCCUGUGCUGAAGCUGGCCUGUGCAGACACAGCCAUCAAUGAGCUUGCCAUGCUUGCCAGCAUUGGUAUCGUGGCAGUAGCUUGCCUGAUCAUCAUCAUCUUUUCCUACGGCUUCAUCGCUGUGGCGGUGCUGCAGAUCCGCAGCCCCGAGGGCCGACAGCGUGCCUUCUCCACCUGCACUUCCCACCUCACGGUGGUGUGUCUGUACUACAUACCGCCUGUCUGCAUCUACCUGCAGCCUCGCUCCAGCGGGGCAGGAGCCGGUGCCCCAGCGGUCUUCUACACAAUAGUCACACCAGCGCUCAACCCUUUCAUUUACACUCUGCGGAACAAGGCAAUGAAGCAGGCUCUGCGGAGACUUCUGGGCCAAGGGUCUGCCGCAGGCAGCCCACCCCACCAGCCUGUGCUGGGACUCUCCUGA